ACAACAGUUCAGCUCUCUAUCUGCUUUGAUUGUACUUCACUUCCAGGUAUCUCCAGGUUGACUUACCAUACUGAACCACGCUAGGACAUUGACUUCUACCAUAUCUAGAUUCCCACAGAAGGACACCCUAUUGAAGAAAAUGUCAGCCUUCAGCAUACGAAAGCAGUCUCCUAAUCAAAGUGAUAAGAAGAGCCCUUCUGUUGCAAUUAAAAGCAGACAGCAAGCUAAUCAUGAUGUUAACAAGCGACGGACCCUUUUGCAAGAUAACAGCUGGAUAAAGAAGAGACCUGAAGAGGAAAGCGCUGAUGAAAACUAUGGAAGGGCUGUGCUUAACCAAUAUAAAUCCCAAGAUAGCCUACACAGUAGCGCAAAUGAAAAGGAAGAUCAGAAAACUGCACUUGGACGAUACAGAUCCGAUACUAACUUGGACAGAAUUCCAGGCAGUAGUGAUAUCGACAAAAUAAAUAAGUCUCCCACUCUAAAUAAUAAGCAAAACAAUAGACAAUCUUGGACUCCUAAUACAUCAUCCACAAACACUCCUGCCACUUCUCCAAUCAAGAAAAAAAGACAAUCUUGGAUGCCUCCUCCAGUUUCAAGUAAUAAGACCAUGACAGAAGCAGUGGAAUUCAAGCGGGCCAUAUCAUCAGAAAAUUUGGAAGAUCCAACAAGUGCUGUUUUUUCAUCAGAACAAGUCACCUCUCAAAAAUCAAAGACUGAUAUGGAUGAUCAAGCUACAGCAAGGAAUCAAGACCCUGAUGAUCUCAUCAAAGUGAAUCCGCAGUCUUUCACAAGCAACAAGGAAGUAAAAGACGUUGAGGAUUUUACUGAAAUAAAUGCUGCUUCUCAGAAAAAUAAGAGAGAUGAGGACCUUGGUGAUCAUGUGGAAGUGAAGUCUCCUGAUGACCAAAGUAGAAAAAGCAUAACUAAGCAAAUAUAUGAAAAUCCUCCAAGUGCUUCAAAUAAUGUCCCAGAAGUAACCUACCUCAGUGACAGCAGAAGAAAGAGCAGAAAUUCAUCACGUCAUGCCUAUGAUGAAAAUAUAACUGGAAAUACUAUCAAAACUGUUUACUCUACUUCUGAUCAGAGUAUAAUUGGAAAAGAUAUAUGUACAUACUGCAGGAAGCCCUUGGGCAUAGAUGCCAAAAUGAUCUUAGAUGCCUUGCAAAUUUGCUGUCAUUCAACUUGCUUCAAGUGUGAAGUAUGCAAAAGACCACUGGAAGAUCUGAAAGCAGGAGACAGUGUUUGGAUUUACAGACAAACUGUACAUUGUGAGCCUUGCUACUCCAAAAUUAAGGAAAAAUGGAUCUACUAAUUUUGACAUACAGAAAGACUUCUUAGUUAUGACUGUGACAGAGUUGAGUGCUUGGAAUCUGCUGGACCUGACCAGAGCUUACAAAACUGAAAAGUGCCAAAUCCAUAGAUUAAUAUUAGACUGUUGAAUGUCUGUCACUGCCAGAUUUCCUCUCCUUGUUUGCACUUGCUCUAAUAGAGACAGGAGGUAAGAAUUUCUGUAUGAUUUAAACCUUUGGGCCCUCAACUGAAUAUGAUGCAGUCUGUUUAGCCUAGCGUAAAGAGUGUACAUACUGUUGUAUGAAAGAGUCAUGUAACAGUACAUAAUUUGUUUAAUUAUUUUUAUGAAAAAUGAUUAUGAAUUAAUGGUAGUAGCUUUAGAAAAUCUGUUAUUAUCUGUUUUCUAUUAUUUCUUUUUCUAUUGUGUGCCCAUUGCUGAUGACAUGCUUUAGUUAAAUUAUUAUCAAUAUUACCGUGUGCAUUACUGGUGUAAUGAGACUUGCAAAACUGGUGGAGAAAAUCCAUAGAGGAGUUUUAAUAUUGGGUGACAAAUUUGGUCCUGUUCAGAGACCAACAGUUAUUCCUAAGGCUGAAUUACAAUGGAAGUUGCUGGAUAUUUACCUGAGACAGCACAUUAGAAUCCAGUGCAUUCCAGUGUUUGAGAAACCAGGAGAAAACUCUGGAUCCAAAUAUCUGGUACUUAAAUACUCACUGACAGAGAAGUAACAAUACAGAAACAAUAAAUAAUAAUUCUGUGCUCAUCAAGUCAUCCUUGCUGAACAGCACUGGCUAUUUUGCAAUGUGGAUUGAUUAUUUUUUUUUUUUUAAUUAUCAUAUGUUGUAAUUUUCCUGAAAAGAAACACUGGUUUUGUGAUGUGUGAUAUUUACCAUAUAAAAGCACAGAUAGCAGUACUCAUAAAAAAAAUCAAAUUAACAUCUCAAUAGUGAUGUAUCAAAACGGAAUUGUUUUUUGUCCUUUUUGCAUAUCAUUAGCAUGUGGUGUUUUAUUUCUCUUUGACUGGUACUUCCAUGAACUAUUGAAAUGAGCAGUUUGCUGACAGCUGUUUUAAUGAAUGUGUUAUCUUCAAUAAUGCUUUAAAUUAGACUGAAAAGCUGCAUUGAGAGGUGAUGUACUAAAUUAUGUGGGAUUUUGUGAUUCAUCAGGCCCAUUUUCUCAGUGUGUAAUGGAUAGUUUCUUUUGCAAAUCUUGGGCAUAGCUCUACAGGGGAAAAAAAUCAUUCAUGCAUAUACAUAUGUAGAUGGCAUCAAGACUACUUCAUUACAUAUUUACAUAUUUACAAGUAGGAGGAGCGUCACAAGAACUGUUUCACUGUUGUACUGUAUUCUGCUGUAUCCUAUAUAGGUUCUUACAGAACACUCAGUCUUUGCUUGAAGCAAAGUGACAAGCAUGUUAAUAUUGUCUUCUAGUCUUUUUCCUCUUGCAAUAAAUGCCUCUAUGAGUUUGACAA